UUCGUUUGGUAAUGCCUCACUGCAUGUUUGGUAUGCGGCUGUUUCUGUCUGAAAUAGCUAAGUUUCGUUUCUCGAAAGUAAAGCGACUUGCAUGCACAAACCCCUCGUCCAGCGUCCUUUUUAUACACAACAGCCAGUUUGUCGGACCGGGACACGCCGGAGAGUGAAUAGAGCGCACCCACACCCAAUUGGCGACAGCCUGUGUGACGAUUACGGAUGUAAACGAAGAAGAGUCGUCUCACCGUUUUGUCCUGGGCCUUAUAGGUGAACAGCAAGGUGAGAAUGGCUUCAGACUUUCUUACAAUCGAGCAACAACGUGCAGUGCUGACAGUGUGAACCUCGAGACACCGGAACUAAGAAACGCGCACGUGAGCUGCAGACACAGCGCAGGCACGCGGAGGUCAUAUGUGACGCUGCAGAAAGCUGAAUUCUGGUUACUCAGUGAAUGUACGUACAGAAGUAACUGCUGCUGUACCAUCAGACUACAGAGCAGCUUCAGUCCUCAGGCUGUGAGACUCCUCAACACUCAACACCCCAUUACCAAAAUAAAUUGAGAAGAGAUGAGGGUGUCCACCAGUCAACUACAGCAGCUUGCCAUCUUUACCACUUUGUUCACUGGUGGAGGGAUCGGCACCAUGUACUAUCUGCAGCAGAAGACAUUCACUCAGUCAGACUACCACAGAUUGGCUCUGCAGAAGUUGGAAGAAUGCCCAGUUGCUAUGGAAAGCCUUGGGGCCCCACCUUUAAGAGUCUACAACAUCCAUCUCACAGACAGACAGAACUGCGUGGAUCCUCAGAGGGCACAGAUAAAGAUCCCUGUGACUGGGUCAAAAACUGGAGGUUAUCUUUACACUUCAUCCAUUAGAGAUCCUGAUACCAACAGGUGGACUCUGAAGCAGGCAGUUCUGAAGCUCCGGGAGGGACAGAUCAUCGACCUGGUGAAUCCUCCUCCACCAGCUGCCGCACAAAUCUCAACAGAAACGGGCAACCUGCAUUGACCUACUUCAUGUAAUAAUGAGAACAGUGAAAGUGGAAGUCGUCCUGCUCUAACAGGUGCUGAAUACCUGUCUAAAUAACCCACAUAAUAUGGACAUAAAUAGCAGAUCCUUAACUCCAGGAUCAUUUUGACGAGAUAGUAGGUUCUCCUGACGCAGCGCUCUCAGUGUCACUGUGCUCCCAACAGACAGCUCUUGGACUGUUGUGUCUCCAAUUUUCAUUUUGAUUAAAUAAUGUCAAACUGCUGA